UGCGCCGGGGGAUGAGCCCCGCCCUGAGGGCGGCCCUGCGCGGACAUGGCGGCGCCCGUGUACCCCGUGUGGGUGAGGCGCUGGGUGUCCGGGCAAUGGCGGAACAAGAAGCGGCCGCCGAUGCUCCGCCCGCCCCGGGCCCGGCCGCUGGCGCUGGCUGACAGGGUGGCGAACCGCCGGGAGCAGUCGACAGAGGCGACGUGCAUUACAGAGAUGUCAGUAAUGAUGGCGUGCUGGAAACAGAAUGAUUUCAACGACACAGCUUGUGCUGAGGAGAUCCGGAUGUUCUAUGACUGCGUGGCAAAGGCAGAAAAAGAGCGCAAGGAUCAAAAUGAGGACACCCUGUUAUCCAGGGGAAACUUCCCUUCAAGCAAAGUGAACAAGCUCCUGAGGAGGUUUCCUCAGAUCACACGUUAUGCAUAAUGUUAUGCUUGACUAAAGGAACUGGGGACAAGCAAUUAAAGUUGGGGUCUUUGUUAAAAAAGAGGGAAGUCAACUUGAGUAACUGAUUGAUGUCAAGUGGUAUGUGGAUCUUGACCCUGCCUUUGAUACCAGAGCAAAAACCACCCAUCUUGAGUGUCAUCUUAUUUUGUUCAUGAGGGUCUUACAGUGUUAGGAUUUCUGCAGUGUGUUGUUCAACUAGCCUGCUCAGGUCCUCACUGUUAAAUAAAACYGUCUAGGCAUACAUGUAAAUGCAUUUCCUAACGGGCUGUCUUUUUCUCACAUGCAAGCUUCUUGUCCUGUUCUGGAGCUGCUGUCAAAAAGUGUUCAGGCUCAAACACUGGACCAACUUAAAAUGGAUAGUAAAUUCAUGGCUCAUACUCGUACCUGUGUGUAUACACAAUUUGAUCCCUCUUGAACUCUUUUAAUUCCCGCUGCUGUAAAAAAAUGGCUGUAGGAUUUGGAAAAAAUCUCCAGCAAAAUUCCUUGUUAAUACACWAUUUGGUAAGUAUCAAAUAGAACUUUAGCAUAGAAACUUGUGAUUUAGGCCCUCUGGUUUGCAGGUGGGACASGUAUGGUGCCACAUGAGUUUGAUUAUUUUGUCUGUACUGUAGUGAAAUAAAGCAMGACUGGUGUUUGACUUGGGCAACUCGUAAUCUACAGCAAAAUGUUUCAUUGGUUUUUGGUAAACUGAAAGGGAGAGAGGCAGUUCAAGCAUGGACUGAUAAUGUAAUUAAUUUUUAGUUUUGAUUUGGGAGAGGUGGUUUCCACUACAGUACCACAAAACUACAAGUUUCUGUGUUAGGACCAGURCCUAAUUGGUGAAAAAAAAGCAGUGUCUUGGAGAACUGGUUUURUAACCAUUUAUAUCAGUAAUGCUUUUGAGAGUUUAGAAAAAGCAGAAUMAGAGGGGAGUCAGGCACACAUACACUGUGCAAUUACCCAGGUGCUGUACAGUUUGCUGGAGCUGAGUUCUCUGGAGCCCCAGCCUGAUACUUGUUCAUCACAAAAGUUUUGGUGAAUGCUUUCAAGUUACUGAAGCAAUUUUCACUUAACUGUUACUUACAGUGGCUCAUAAGUGGAUUAUCCACUGGGUAGCUCAUUCUUUGUUCCUAUUAUGACAUAAUUGGGUCUUUCACAGGACUUGGCUUCAGUAAGAAAACAAUAUUCACAUCUGAGUUUGGGAGAACACUUUGGUUCUAUGACAUUGUGUAUUUUCUGUCCAGAAGACGCUCUGAAAAAGAAUGCUACUUGCUGUCCCUYUGUUUCUGGAAGAUACAAACUAGAUUGGGGGUGAGGAACUGAUUCACCUCUGUUGAUGAUUUUUUUCAUAUUAAAACUUGGAAUAYAAGUGUAUCCUUGCAUCUCUUAAGAAAGCACCUGUGCUGAAUGUMGCAAAUUCUAGUGUCUGCAAUGAACACUCUUACAUAAGAGGCUGUAACAGAGACRCUUAAUGCCAUUUUCUAUUUUUACUUUUGAAAUUUUGCACAGCCCCCACUAAUCUGAACAGCUAUUUUUGGAUUAUACUGCUUCAUGGUGAGCUUCACAGUGAGCUUCACAAAUUCAGUUGUUUGAGUUUUUGUCUCACCUUUUACAUGUCUACUAUAAGCUUGAAAUUACUAUGCUAAGUUUUUCCAAACCUUUACUGAGAGGAAGGGAGCAAUGCUUUUCAGGUGCAGCCAGGUUUUAUAAUGCUUCCUAUAAAAGUAUUUGAGCAAUCCUUUUGCUGUAACCAAAAACCCUUCAGUUACUGAUUAUCCUUGGCAAUUUCAGCUGCUGGCCACUUUCCUGUUAYCUCACUGUUAAGCUUACAUGGGGUGUUUAAAUGCAUUCUGUGACRUGCUCAUAUUGAGGAUCACUCCAUUAAGAGUUCAGCUGUGUACCCACAGGGAAUGGCACUGUUCAUUCUGAGUGGGGUUUGUACCAUCCCGUGAUGCUGUUGCUGGGGAGUAAAGAAAAACUGGGUUCUGGUGUUGAGCACACUGGUUAAGAACAUUGCUGCCGAGACYUGUAUGUGGUUGCGUGGUGGUGAAAGAAUUAAACAAAAGCUGACUAGCUGUUCUACUCUCCUAAAUCGGAUUUACAGGAUUUAAGCAAAUCUUCUGGAAUUCCUUGAUCUUAUUCCUGUACCUUAUAGCUUGACUAUUAUACCAGCUCUGGGUAUGAUUGCUGUUAACUGCUCUUUUUAGGCUUUCACUGAAGAUCUCUAAGGAGGUAGCAUUAAUAUUUCAGCUGGUUUUGAUGAACAGUCAUCCUGCCAGUUCAGGAGAAACAGGCUGUAUUCYAGAGAGCUAAGAACACUUUAGAAGAUGGCAUUUCUUGUUCAGAAGGGGCAAUACAGAAUAAUCGAGUAAAAUCAASACAGACUCUGUAGGGAAUCAUAGACUUACUGUAAUAGAAUUAUGCAUAUAUCAGGGUGAGAAGGUGACUAGUGUUAAAUUGUGAAUUGAGAUAUUUACAACUAUUGAAAUUUGCCCAUGCAGGUAAGUUCAGUAUGUUUUACCUUACCUGAAAAUACAUUACUGAUCUAAACUACCAUAGUUAUAUUGGUAUAAUUCCCUUUUUCGUCUUCCUUUCCACCUUGCAGAGUAGUCAUGAGAAGCUUUUGAGAAUCUGAGAUAUGUCAUUACAUGUGCCAGAAAAACAGGGUAGUCUUGGUAAGAAGGAAGUAGUUCCAAAAGGGGACCUGCGACAGAGGAGACAGCUGCAAAACCCACUAUAUCCUUCCAGUUUGUUAUUCUUCCAAAA